CACUGGUGCACUUUAUGUAGGCUUACGCUGCAGGUUGAAAGCAUUACCCUUCAAACUGGCAGCAUAUAAACAAGCAGGAGGAACGACACACCACAACACAGACUUCAUCUGUCAGCCAUGAGUGUCAUCAACAUCGGUCCCGACCCUUCUCUGGCAUAUCGGCCAAAUUUGGAGACAAAUGGAACCAAAGAGAAGGAAGACUACAGGAACUUUGAGAGUGGGAGUCUAAUUGACCGUGUGUUCAACACAUACAAACUGAUGCACACCAAUCAGACACUAGACUUUGUGAAGCAAAAGCACUCUGUAUGGAACAGCUGCAACCACACUCAGAUGACGAUGAUGGACGCCAUCAUGUCUCUAGACCAGCUGGUGGACGAGUCUGAUCCAGAUGUGGAUUUUCCCAACUCCUUUCACGCCUUUCAGACUGCUGAGGGCAUCCGCCAAGCACACCCAGACAAAGACUGGUUCCAGUUGGUGGGUCUGAUCCAUGACGUUGGGAAGAUAAUGGCUCUUUGGGAUGAACCUCAGUGGGCCGUCGUGGGCGACACCUUCCCACUGGGCUGCAAGUUUCAAAACUCCAUCGUAUUCAGAGACAACACCUUCCUGGAUAACCCAGAUGAGAAAAAUCUCAAUUAUAAUACUGAAUACGGGAUCUAUGAACCAAACUGUGGCCUCGAUAAAGUCUUCGUGUCCUGGGGCCAUGAUGAGUAUCUCUACAGAGUCAUGAAGUUCAACAACUGCUCAAUCCCAGAGGAGGGAUUGUACAUGAUUCGCUUCCAUUCAUUCUACCCCUGGCACUCUGGCGGGGACUACAUGCACCUGUGCGAUGACAAAGACCUGCGCAUGAUGCCCUGGGUCCAAGAGUUCAACAAAUUUGACCUGUAUACAAAGACCACCGAGCUGCCCGACGUCGACAAGCUGAAGCCGUACUACCAGUCUCUGAUCGACAAGUACUGUCCUGGAUUACUGAAGUGGUGAAAGAGACAAUAGUGAAUUCAGCAGAAGCGCUAUAUACAGUUGAAACCAGAAGCCUCUAUAAAUCCACAGGUGUGUCUCCAAUUAACUCAAAUGUUGUCAAUAAACAGAAGCUUCCAAAGACAUGACAGCAUCAUCUGGGCUUUCCCAAAUUGUUUCAAGGCAUAAUAAUGUUAGUGUAUGUAAACUUCUGACUUUGAAGAAAGUAAUAAAAAAUUGUCUAAAAAAAUCCUUCUCUCAUUAUUCUGGCAUUUGGCAAAUAGAAUUAAUUUUGGUAAUCCUAACGGACCUAAAACAGGAAAAGUGAUUGUCUGAUUUCAUGUCAGACAGUGAGAAAAAAAAGCAUAUGUGUCUUUUUAUAGAGUGUAUGUAAACUUCUGGUUUCAACUGUAGAUGCAGAGGGUGAUUAUAUAUGUUGAGUUACUCAGAAUGAUUUGUUGUGUUGUUGCUUUAUAGGAACGCUGAAGCUAAAUUUAGUAUCUCCUGUACACACAUUACUUAUAUUGUACUGACAAUUAACUAGA